CAGCAGUUUAAAGUUGUGCUUGAAUGUCAACAUUGUCAAUGGGCAUGUGUGUCGGAGUGGAUGGGGGUUUUUAUGGUUGACUAUUCCAAUAAUUUCCAUGAAAGCGCGCUCUCCACAGACAUUCCUACAGUGGCUCCUCCUUCCUCCACGCCAACUGCUGCGCUCGUCACGUGUCACCGCGUCCACCAAUCAGUGACCAGCAGAGCCAAACCGGAGAGCAGCAGUCCUUAGAUCCAGCCAGCCGCUGCUGCGACCCACUCAGCUAAGCGACACCAUCGGCGGCGGUGGCCGGGGGAGGGAUUUGUUUUGGUUAAAGUUUUUUUUGGGAUUGUUGUUUUAUCUUUCUGUCCGCGUCUUGAUAAGAAGUUUAACUUUUAAGAUGUUUUGUGCGCUUUUCGUUUGCUCACCGGUUUUCUCCCCCCACUCGGAGGAGAGACUGUGGAUGAAGCGGUUUUAAAAGAGGAGCAACUUUUCCCAAACCAACCAACGGGCUGACCUAUGCUAAGCUAACCCGCUAGCCAGGAGUCUGGAAUGCAGCCGGAGUUUGUGCUUAAAGUUCACAAAGCAGCGGGCAAACUUUACAUUCCGCAACUCGACUGCUACGAGCUAUUUACCUGCGGGUUUGGACGGGACACCAGCCCCGGGGAGGCUCUGUGUUUCUCCUCGGGUCGGACGGUGCAGGUGCACCUCUUGCGGCACCUGCGGAAACUUGGUAACUUUGGUCCAUCGGUUUAGUUUUCUCACAGGGCAUUUUAGUAUCACGUCGUUACUUAGUUUGCUUACAAAUAUUAUAUAGGCAAUUCAUGGCGUAUUGGUCGCUUUUAAUAAGUCUCAGGCGUCAGCCCGUGAAGCGGUGGUGUUUGCUAAGCCGUAUUUCGGCUAAUCUUAGCGAGCAGCUUCGCUGGGUUGCUCAUUGACCAUCAUACUUCUACCGCAGUGGCGACGUGGAUACACGCUUGUAGGCUUCUUCUCUCACAGGACUUUGGGCACGGUUUGAGUUUCCUGGGUGCUGCGGAGGGGGAUUCACCACGCUAAAGUGACAUAAUGAGUAUAUUUAAAAGUUAUAUUUUAAAGUUUUAAGGUUUUUUUUUUUUUUUUUUUGGUUCUAUAAGCUCUGCACCCUAUGGUGCCGCUAGGGCCACCGAGAAAUGGAUGUCUCGCAGGCCGCUUCCCCAAACGGUGAAGGGCGGCCGGGCGGCGGUGGGGCCGGGGAACAUGCCUGGACAGAGUGCCCGACUGUCCGGUCGUGGGCUCACUCUGCCCCGCUGUGUCCCACUCGGUCCCUGUGGACCGCCGCGUACGACUACGAGGCAAGCGGCGAGGACGAGCUCAGCCUCAGGAGAGGGGACGUGGUCGAGGUCCUGUCCAAGGACGCUGCGAUCUCCGGGGACGAAGGAUGGUGGACGGGCAAGCUGAACCACCGGGUCGGGAUUUUCCCUUCUAAUUACGUCACUUACCAGCCCGCUAUUUACCGUCUUCCCGCAACCAGUGGGUCGGCGGGGGUGUCGGAGCAAGUGCCCAGCUCGCCCACUCAGAUUCCCUUCAGUGAACUGGUGCUGGAGGAAAUCAUUGGCGUGGGUGGGUUUGGCAAAGUCUACCGGGGAACAUGGAAAGACCAGGAGGUCGCGGUGAAAGCGGCUCGGCAAGACCCGGAUGAGGACAUCAAUGCCACCGCCGCCAGCGUCAAGCAGGAGGCCAAGCUGUUUUCCAUGCUGCAGCAUCCCAACAUCAUCAAACUGGAGGGGGUGUGCAUGGAGGAGCCCAACCUGUGCCUGGUGAUGGAGUAUGCCCGAGGCGGGACGCUGAACCGGGCGCUGACUGGAAGGCGCAUCCCACCACACAUCCUGGUCAACUGGGCCGUGCAGAUCGCACGCGGGAUGCUCUAUCUGCACGAGGACGCCGUGGUACGCAUCAUCCAUCGGGACCUGAAGUCCAGUAACAUUUUAUUACUUGAAAAAAUAGAGAACGAUGACAUCGGGAGGAAGACCUUGAAGAUCACGGACUUCGGCCUCGCAAGGGAGUGGCACAAAACUACAAAAAUGUCAGCCGCUGGCACCUAUUCCUGGAUGGCCCCAGAGGUCAUCAAGUCCUCGCUCUUCUCCAAAGGCAGCGAUGUGUGGAGUUACGGUGUCCUGCUGUGGGAACUGUUAACGGGGGAAGUCCCGUACCGAGGGAUCGAUGGUCUGGCUGUUGCUUACGGUGUUGCUGUCAACAAGUUAACUCUUCCAAUCCCCUCCACCUGCCCCGAGCCCUUCGCCAAGCUUAUGGAAGAGUGCUGGGACCAGGACCCUCACGUCCGCCCCUCCUUCUCCUGUAUCCUGGAGCAGCUGUCGGCCAUCGAGGAGGCAGUGAUGGCCACCAUGCCUCAGGACUCCUUCCACAGCAUGCAGGACGACUGGCGGGUGGAGAUCCAGGAGAUGUUCGAUGAACUCAGGACCAAAGAGAAGGAGCUGCGCUCCAGGGAAGAGGAGCUGACGCGGGCCGCCCUGCAGCAGAAGUCUCAGGAGGAGCUGCUGAAGCGCCGCGAGCAGCAGCUGGCGGAGCGGGAGAUCAACGUGUUGGAGAGAGAGCUCAACAUCCUCAUCUUCCAGCUCAACAAGGACAAGCCCAACGUCAAGAAGAGGAAAGGCAAAUUCAAACGCUCCCGGCUCAAACUGAAGGAUGGAAACCGCAUCAGUCUGCCCUCAGACUUCCAGCACAAGAUAACAGUGCAGGCGUCGCCCUCCAUGGACAAGCGGCGCAGCCUUCACAGCUCCUCUCCCCCCAGCAGCCCCACGCUCAUCCCCCGACUGCGAGCCAUUCAGCUCACACAAGACGAGAGCAACCGUACGUGGGGCCGCAGCACCCUCUUCAGGCCGGAGGAGUUCGACGAUGUGAAGAAAGGAAUCAAGAAGAAAGGAAGAACCUGGGGCCCCAGUUCAGUUCAGAGCAAAGAAAGACCUGCUGCUGCUGAGAGGGUGCGUCCUCUGUCAGACGGCAGUAACCCCUGGUCCACCAGCCUGCUGAAGUCCCAGAAGUCUGUUCCCCUCGCCGCUCUGUUCGGCGAACAAGCGGGAGCAGGCAGGGAGGAAGCGUUUCCCCAGGAAUGUCCUGACAGCAGCUCCAAACCAAAGCAGCUCAAGUUCCCCAACCAGGUUUACAUCGACCUUCCUCUGUGGAGGGACGAGACGCAGCCUCAGAGCCCCGGAGGGAACCGCGGACCGGGCGAUGCUGGGGUCGGUGCAGGAAGUCCCCCAGAGACUCCGGAAGACCCCUGCACCACCACGUCCACCUCUUCCACCUCCACAACCCCUCAGCUGACCCCCACCAACAGCCUGAAGAGGGCGUCGGCGCGACGGAAGACCGACUUUGCGCUGUAUGGCUGCGGCUCGCUGCUGGCCUCCGUGGUCCUGGGUUACGACCUUAGAGAGGCCAUCAGGACCUCAGCUCCUCCUGAGGAGUGCGAGACCCCAAAAGAGGAGAAGAAGAAGAAGGAGGGCCUGUUUCAGCGUGCAACCCGGUUCCGCCGCAGCACCUCCCCGCCGGGCGGCCGCUCCCGUAAAGAAGACACGUCUUCAAACAGCGCCGGCGCCCCGCCGGUGAACCUCGUCUCAAUGUUGGCCAUCAUGGAGUGCAACUCCACCAAGUGCCUCUUACAGCCGGAGGCUGAGGUGUCGGAACCGAGUCCUGGGAAGGCCGAGCCUGCGGUGAGCGAUCACAACUCAGAAACGUCCCGAUCCGUCAGAGCAGCAACUGUAAAAAGCCAGAGCAACAAGCCUGCAGCUGAAACCCAGAAGGCAGAGCAAAGUCGGAGUCGGCCCCCAGAGCAGAGCAACCACAACACAGGAACACGACUGCGCAGGAAGAAGUUCACCACCAACCACAACACCCACAACGGCCCUCCGGCGCCACCUGCUGCUCAGAGGAAGCAGGAAAAGGAGGAAAAGCCGGCCAACGGAGACGCCGUCCCGCGGCAGAGGCCCGUGUCGUUCCGGGCCAAGCCCCAUGCCUGGGCCCUGCUGCGGGGCCGCAACAAGAGCUACUCCCUGGGCCACUAUUCCGGGGAGAAAACGGCCCAGGACCUGAACGUGGUGCUGUCCUCGGAGGUGGGCUGCUCGCUGCUCGACAUGGACACAGAGGGGCAGAAGCGGGACUGCACCGUGCCGCUCUGCCGCAUCCAGAGCUCCCCAGCACGGCCCUCCAUGUUUGAGUUGGAGAAAGAGUUUUUCUCCUAGGAGCCUGGAGCUUUGACCUGCUCUGAGCUGAGCGAGGCAGGCUGUAGAGAGUAGCUGGGGGGUUUUAGACGUACGCUGCCUUUGUUCCUUUUUGUCUCUAAAAGCACCAUAGAAAAAAGGUUGGGGUUUUUUUCUUAGUGCCUGAGCAAAGUGACGUUGGGGUGUCACAGUGCUCUAAAAGAACCGCCUUAAACACGGCCAUGUUUCCAGAACAGACUCUGACCUCUAACCUCGCCCCUCGUCGUUACCCCGCCCUCCCCUCCGUACGUCAUUGCAGCUCAACGUUGACCGCCGCUGUAUCUCUCCCAACUCAAAUCACCUUUUUAUUUAUUUUUAUCGGUAAUUUAAUAUGAACUGAGUUAUAGCGGGCAGCAGGACAUACAUUCCACCUCCGUUUCACAUCUGCGUCAUCAGGCUCGUAGAUUUAUUUUCUCACUUAAGAAUCGUGCAUGUAAACUUAAAAUGUUCACAAAAAAAGGAAGAAAAAAAAAAGGCAAUGUUUGUAAAUAUAACUUUUUACCCACUGUCAGCCUAAUGCUGCUGUUGUUUUCUAUUGCAAACAUGUUUUACGACUGUCAGCUCAGUCUGCGCACUAAGGGCAGGUUACAUUAUCAGUACUAGAGCUGAAGCAUCUGUUGCUCCACCCAGAACGGCCUAAAGAUUAUAGAGAUGCAGGUAGAAAAUCACUGGAAGUUUUACAAAGCAGACAUUGACUCUAUUCUUGUAAAAAAAAAAAAAAAGAAAAAUGUUGCUGCUUAUGUAUUUAUAGAUGGGGUUUUUUUUCUGGUUCUCUGCACACUAAAGCAGAUUUUUCACAUCGGAUAAACUAAGUUUAAUUAAAGCAGUAACCCAACGAGAGCUGAUUGGUUGAAACAUGAACGCAUUAGCUGCGUCUGUAAUGGGGAAUUCAAAACGUUCAACUCUUACAGAGUCAUCUCACACACACACACACACACACUCAAGCUUUUAUUUAAAAUUUUGAUGAUUGUGGCCUGGAGCUCAUGAAACGUCUCAAAAAUAUUCCAUAAGGAUUUGGAAAGCAGAAAUAUCAGUCUAACUAUUAGUCUGUGUGCGGUACGGUUUAUUUAUACACUUAAUUCAUCUUCAUCUUGACAACACUCCUUCUCUGUGGGGUUCAGGUCAGACCAGUUCGCAGGGGCGUCAAUCACAGUGUUGCCGUGGUUACUGGUGGUUUUUAGCAGAAGUCAAGUUCUGCUGGAAGAUGACACUUGUAUCCACAUGGCUUCACAACCUUUUCUAACCUGUUACUUUUUCACCUUUUUUCACACUGCCGCACUUUUCCCUCCACUCAACUUUCCAUUAAUACCCAUUGAACAGGCAGCUUUGUUAGCGGUGACCUAUUGAGGCAUAUCCAAUGGUGUGUGUUCAUAAAAGUAACACAUCAGUCCUUUUAUUUAAUUAUUGGUCUUAUGCAAUAUUUUAAAAUCCCAAGAAACUUUAUACUCAGUUCCAUUAGCUUUAAGCCGUAGUCAUCAAAACAAGCAAUCUCUCUCACAUGAAUUCUACCUUUUGAAUUGAGUUACUGAAACAAAUCACAGUUUUAAGUCAGACUCUGUUUUAUUGAGGGACUCGUGUUAUUUCUACACAUUCCUAAAUGCAGCUGUUUUUUAAAGUGUGCUCAGUAAAGCCUGUGCCUUUUAAUACUAAAGCAUCGUGUAUUUUACCUGAAUAAACCUGUUGAACUGUUACAUUGAACAACUUCCACAUUCAGUUGUAUCCGUUUCGCAUCGUGAAGUCUAUUUAAACGUAAAAAUAUUUCUCUUCAUCUGAACAAACUCGUCCCAUCGUGCUCAGAGACGUCUGGAGACGUUUAGAUUCAGUUUUAUUUUGGGACUUGUGAAGGGCUCUCUCUUUCCCAGCAGGCUUUGCUCCCCAGGCCUUUCCUACGCAGCACAUGCUCCAGAGCUCGGAAUCAGUUUUUAACUGUAACUGAAAAGUGCGUACGCCCCUCUUCACUUGUUUCACUCGUUGUCUUGCUGAGUUUCCUAGAGAAGGGCUAAAGGAUGAACUUAGAGAAGCGUCUGAAUUGCCAGACGGUGUAAAUGUCUUCCUGAUGUGUUCGUGCGUAUUGAUUUUUUUUUUUUUUUUUUUUUUGUAGAACGUGAAGUAUCCGACUCUUAAACUGUUAAAGGUGCUGUCCACAAGCCGGUUUUCUUCAGGUUUUCAGAACCGUCUGUAAAUAACGCGCCGCUAAGUCGCGAAUGUUUUCUCCUACAUUCCUGAGGCGCUUUUUCCACGGCAGCGAUGGGGACCAGAUUUGAAAUGAUAUUUUUCUGCGUUCAGACCCAAAAACCACUAAUUCAACCUGCUGCUAUACGAAGGAGCUGAAGCGUAGAGGCCUGUGAAGAGAUCAAACCGCGUAGAACUUCUUUCUUUCUUUUUAAAGACAACCGAUCACACUGACUGGGUUCAGAUCUGUUCCGGUGUGUGUUUAUCCUGACAGUAUUGGUUAUGUCAUGCCGGAUCGAUCAAGAGUUAUCAUGUUUGUCAACGUUUUAAAUAAAGUCUACAUCAAG